CCUCUUCCUGUGACCUUUGGGAGCACUUCCGGGUCAGGAGGAGGGGCUUCUGGGCAAGGCCAUGGCUGCCACCAAGAGGGUCCUGUAUGUGGGGGGCCUGGCGGAGGAGGUGGACGAGAGGGUCCUCCACGCCGCCUUCAUCCCCUUCGGAGACAUCACCGACAUCCAGAUCCCCCUCGACUACGAGACAGAAAAACAUCGCGGUUUUGCUUUCAUUGAAUUUGAACUGGCUGAGGAUGCUGCAGCAGCCAUCGAUAACAUGAAUGAGUCUGAGUUGUUUGGGAGGACGAUCCGCGUCAACCUGGCCAAACCAAUGAGGAUUAAGGAAGGUUCCUCCCGCCCAGUCUGGUCGGAUGAUGACUGGCUCAAGAAAUUUUCAGGGAAGACGCUUGAGGAGAACGUGGAAGAAGAAGGGGCAGAGCCUGCCCGCUCAGAGACCCAGGAGGGUGAGCCGCCAGCAAAGAAAUCCAGGGCCAACCCCCAGGUUUACAUGGACAUCAAGAUUGGGAACAAGCCUGCAGGCCGACUGAACAUCCUGCUGCGAUCGGAUAUUGUACCUAUGACUGCUGAGAACUUCCGUUGCCUGUGCACCCACGAGAAAGGCUUUGGCUUUAAGGGCAGCAGCUUCCAUCGGGUGAUACCCCAGUUCAUGUGCCAAGGAGGAGACUUCACCAACCACAACGGCACAGGAGGGAAAUCCAUCUACGGGAAGAAGUUUGAUGACGAAAACUUUAUCCUGAAACACACAGGCCCAGGCUUGUUGUCCAUGGCCAAUUCUGGCUCCAACACCAACAGCUCUCAGUUCUUCAUCACUUGUGAUAAGACAGACUGGCUGGACGGAAAGCAUGUGGUCUUUGGAGAAGUUACAGAAGGGUUGGACGUGGUGCGGCAAAUGGAGGCUCAAGGCAGCAAAGAUGGGAAACCAAAGCAGAAAAUUAUUAUCUCAGACUGCGGUGAAUACAUGUGAAUCUUAGUGCGGACAGAAGCCAGUUGCGAACAGCGGCCAGAUGGAAAGUCGACAACCAGUUGCUUUGAACGAGAGUGAGAUGUUUUGGGACCCUCUUUACACACAAAGGAGCUUUCCGUCUUCUCUGUGUCCAGAACUAUAGAGACUUUUUACUUAUUUUGUACAGUAUUUUCUCUCCUCUAAACUUAUAACUAUUUUUUUAAUUUAAAAAAACCCCAAAGAAACA